AUGGCAUCAGAUCCACCAGUUCCGGCUUCGUGCAAAGUUGUGCUGGCGGCAACUGUUGCACGCGGUCUGCUGUCGGAGGUAAACGAGGGACGCCAGACGCUGAGUAGGGCGCCGCACCUCGUGGGGUUUUUGGCCAAUUCGGACCCGGCUGCGAAGAUGUAUGCGGAUUGGACGGAGAAGACGUGUAUAGAAAAUAACUUCCGCUACACCCUCCGCACCGUCACGCGCGACGACAUCGAAGACGCCAUCCUCGCCGCAAAUGCCGACCAAGACAUCGACGGCAUAAUCGUCUACUACCCCAUCUUCAACAACCGCCAGGACCAAUACCUGCAGCAAAUCGUCGACAUCUCCAAGGACGUCGAGGGUCUCAGCCACCGCUACAUCUUCAACAUGUACCAGAACAUUCGCUUCCUGGACCCGCCGCGCAACGAGCAGAAGUCGAUAUUACCCUGCACGCCGCUAGCGGUCAUUAAGAUACUUGAGUACCUGCAGAUAUACAAUACGAUAUUGCCGUAUGGGAAUAGGCUGUUUGGACAUACGGUGUGCGUGGUGAAUCGGUCGGAGGUGGUGGGGAGGCCGCUGGCGGCGCUUUUGGCGAAUGAUGGGGCCUGUGUGUAUAGUGUGGAUAUCGCCGGUGUGCAGCAGUUUACGCGCGGGGAGGGGAUUAGGAAGAGGCAUCAUGAGGUUAUGGAGAUGGAGGGGUGGGGGUUGGAGGAUGCGGUUCCGCAUUGCGAUGUGGUUAUUAGUGGUGUGCCGGGGGACCAGUUUAAGUUUGAUACAAAGCUGUUGAGGCAGGGGGCGGUGUGCAUUAAUUUCUCGAGUGAGAAGAAUUUCGGACCGGAGGUGAAGGAGAAAGCAUCCAUAUAUGUUCCGGCCAUUGGCAAGGUUACAAUUGUUGUGCUAUUGAGAAAUCUGCUGAGGAUCGUCCAGAACCGGAGUCACAACCAAGUUCACCCCGCAGACGCCAUCGAAAAGCCCGGCACGCUGGAGGGCGUUGUCACGCAAGCAGUAUAA